CCAUAUAUACGAGUCGAUAAACUUUGACUCUUCUCCCACUCAGUCAAUCCUUCUUACCGCCCGGAGCUAUACGGUAACAUGCUUUCUCACCGCCUCUGCUUUUCCUUCUCACCUUCCGACCUCAAACGCUCCAUUCCUAUCUCGCGCGUUCCACUACACCCUCAAUAUGUAGCUCAGGUGCGGCCAUAUCAAGUUGCAGUCGCGGCAAAGAAUGCCAUUAAUGGGACGGAAAAUGGAGCCGUUCGUUUCAAAGAGAGCGGUGAAGCUUUGGAUGAGGAAGCGUCUCUGCCGGCGGGGCUCCGGCAGGAUCUGAUGCCGAACCACGUGGCAGUUAUAAUGGACGGGAACAGACGGUGGGCUCGGACGAGAGGGUUGCCUGUGGCUUCGGGUUAUGAAGCGGGUGUUCAGGCUCUGAGGAGAUUGGUGAAGCUUUGCUGCAAGUGGGAGAUUAGGGUUCUCACUGUUUUCGCUUUCUCAUUGGAUAAUUGGUUUCGACCCAAAGUAGAGGUUGACUUUUUGAUGGGCUUAUUCAAAAAUGGACUGGAUAAUUUACUUGAAGAAUUUGCAAGAGCAGAAAUUCGAAUAUCUGUAAUUGGAGACUCCACUAAGCUCCCCAAGCCAUUACUGGGAUUGCUAAGCAAAGCAGUGGAUUCAACAAAAAAUAAUUCACGGCUUCAUCUCAUUGUGGCCGUUAGUUAUAGUGGGCAGUACGACGUUGUACAAGCUUGUCAAAGCAUAGCCCAAAAGGUGAAGGAUGGUAAGAUUGAGCCCAAAGAUAUCGAUGGCUUUCUAAUUGAGCAGGAACUACAAACGAGCUGUACUCACUUUCAAUACCCUGAUUUAUUGAUUCGAACUAGCGGUGAGCUUAGAAUUAGCAACUUCAUGCUGUGGCAGUUGGCAUACACAGAACUGUUUUUUUCACAAUCGCAUUGGCCUGAUUUUGGAGAGGCCGAGUUUUUAGAGGCUUUGUACUCUUUCCAGCAAAGGCAGAGACGGUUUGGCGGGCAAAAAUCUUGAGUUCUUUGUUCCCUCUGGUGGGAUCCAAAAAAUAAUGAUGCAGAAUUGAACUGUGACUUUGAUUCAUUAUACUGUUGACUGCUUUGAGGAUUUGCAAUCAGUAACAGUGCUGCCACAAUGCCUGUGAUAUUCAGAAGUUAUGGAUCUAGCAAAUGGAUGGCCAGCCUUGUGGUAUUUUGUUUAUCAGCUACUCAACCCUAGAUGGCUAUCUUCAAUUGUUAUACCAUUGGACCAGGGUUCAUAUUGCAUUGUGAACCUUGGUCCAAAAAUUAUGUGUCUGUAGUUAACACAUUCUGUACCUGUAAUUAAUAAUCUAUGUACCUGUAAACAAAUUGAAGGCACUUGAUAAUUACAGACACAUAACAUGAUAACUACAGACACAAAUUGUUAAGUGCAAGUACAAAAUAUGUUAAUUGCAACUUAACAUGUUAUGUGUCCGUAGAUAACAUAUUCUGUACUUAUAGUUAACAGUUAGUUUCUGUAGUUAUUAUGUUGUGUCUGUAAUUAGUGUAGUUAUCAUGUUAUAUUGUUAUGUGUAUGUAAUUAGUAGUUAUUAGGUACAAAACGUGUCAACUGUUGGUACAGAAUCCGAAAAUUAUUUUUGGAUUAGGGUUCACAAUGCAAGGUAGGCUAUCUCCCAACUCCACAAGUUCAUGCAUCAUGAACUUCUAAGUAGCUUGUCUUUUCACUAACAGCAUAACAGCAUGUGCUUGAAGUCUUUGGUCUUUGUGGCCUUUGCUUGAUACCCUAUUGUAGUGUUUGAGGUGCUGGACUAUGGCUCAAGCUUCACCUAUCUGAAGAAGAGAAAACUGCAUGGAAUGAGAGAUAAUUUGCUCCUCUUCUUUAUGUUUCUAUAUCUUCUUUUUUAUUGUUUAUUUGUGUAGGAAUAGUCUUGUUAGUUGGCAAACCAUUUACAUAGAAAUUGUAAUUUCUGGAAGUCAGAUUCUUGAAAUAUUACAUCCAA